UCCGCCGUGCGUGGAAUCUCCUGCCGCUACAUUCUUCUGCGUAGUCGGGCCUUGUUUGUUGCUUGCCCCUUUUCGAUCAAUCGCCGGCCCCCCUGUCUCUCGGCAACCCAGCUCAGCGAAGAGAAGAGUCCUUUGAACAAUGGACCACUUCAACGCCACCAUCAAAGACGGCAAGCUUGUCAACACGCGGCGAGGGCUGCAAGUCUCGAGACAGAAAUUCAACGGCCUGUCUUUUGUGAACUCGUGCCCCCAGGACGACACCCCUGACUCUCCCUCCUCGGCAGCACCCGACCCAUCGAGGCCACCCCAGCGCCUGGUAAAGUUCGUUGACAGAGGUUCUGAGCCGCGGCAAGGCUCUUCCAAAGCUCCGAAACAGGAUGUCGAACGUGUCGAGUUUACUUUUGCGUCGGACGUGAUUCAGCAGAAAAAGCCACGGAGAAAGGCCACACCAAGGGACCAGUUGUUAACCACCACAUCGAGCCCAUCGUCCCAGAGAUCCUCUCGAGCUUCCUCGCAUGCGUCAUCGCCAGGGGAUGGUACCUUGCAUCAACCAACCGUCCUGAAAAGCCGGGAUAUCUCCCCAGCCGAGCACACCGCAGGGGGCGCCCUAUCAAGCCCUUCAGCGUGGCAGACAAACGAUGCCCCCGCAUACCUGACCGAAGAGAACUGGAAGUUGUUCAAUCGCUACUUCGCCCACAUACCGCCAAAGUUGUACCCAUACGAAGAUAUUCUAACGUACAACCCGGCGAGGGGAGCCGACUUCUACAACAUGAUGGUCAAUGAUUCCGCUGCCCUCCAUUGCGUGUUGAUGAGCGGCACCAUUGCAGAAGCCGUCGUCAACAUGGAGACGGACCCAAAGGGUUUUGCUUACCACAUAUCUAAAAUCUGUGCCAUUCUCAACCAAAAACUGAACCAAAAGCAAGCCGUCGACCCUGUCACUCUGCAUUGUAUCGCAACUUUGGCUUCGAUGGGUUGUUACGUUGGCCGUCUCGACCACUGGCAUAUGCACAUGAGGGGCCUGCAGAAAGUUCUCGACGUCAAUGGGGGAUUGGAUGGUUUGCCACCGGCGUUACUUGCAAAAAUACACAAAGCCGACCUGAAGGGUGCUGCUGCCCUCGCCUCAACGCCUUACCUACCCUUCACUCGAAAAUACGGUCCUAUCUCUACCGUGAUAAGCGCAGAUAUCACGGCCAGAACGUCCAGCUCUCUUAGCACCCUGAUGGGACGCUUGCACAUAAACACAGCUGUCAUUGAUGCCUUGACCUUGCUCUCACUCCUAGGGUCGUCUAUCAGCCUUGCACGGCAGUCUGCUGGGUCUGUUGCCUUCGACCCGCACGCUUUUACGGAGGAGUACCUCGCCGUCAUGCAUGCUUUGGUCACGCAACCGGGGCCGCUGCGCGAUGGCUCGAUAGCCCCCUUUACCAGCAACCCAUACCCCAACAUGCCGGAUACUACUAGCAAUAAUAGCGGUGCCGUGACACGCACCGAGAACUACAUGGCGAACCACCGGCUGCAGCACUCUGUAGCUAUUACACCUGCCGGCCUAAGCCCUGCCGGUCCCGUUGAGCCAGCGCUGCGCAUAGUUGGCUUGCUGUUCCUGAAGGAGCUACUCCCAGAUUGGCCCCGAAAUCUCGGCGGGUACGCGGUUCUCCUGAGCCUUCUCCGCGGGCAUAUUUGCGAACUCAUGCACAGCUACACUGCUGGGCGAGCCAUUGAAGAGCAUAGCAGCAGGGAUAAUGAUUAUCACACGUUUGUGGGCGGCGGUCCGGCUUCACGAGGAGGGCUGGCUGAGGGAGGGAUGGAGAUCGACCCCGACCUCCUCGACCCUUUGCUCCAGAGCGACAAGCGACACAAGGGCGGCAUCAAGGGGAGACAACAGGGCCACCAUCCUUCGAAACAACACGAUGCAGGGUUAACGAUGACGGCAGAACAAAACAAGCUCGAUCUGGACGCCGACGAGCGGGAGCGCGGCCCUCUGGCAGCGACGGACGCGGCAGAGCUGAAGUCCCUCAUCAUUUGGCUCUGCCUCAUCGGCAACCUGGUAUCGCUGAUCGCCGACGAGAACGAGUGCCGCCAAGCCGACGUCGAGCGCUACCCCCGUGGAGUCUACCGUGACUGCCUGCGCCAGGUCCUCGUGCUGGACGCGGCCAGCGACGACAUCGAUGCCCUCUUCGACGCGCUGACGCACAACGACCUCGUCAUGCUGCGGCUCUUUGAUGUCAGAAGCAUCAGGGGCGAUGGCUGGGAUGACAAAGCGGCCCUCAAGGCACUCUUUGUCGAAGAGUUCUGAUGCUUUUUCUUAUUUGUAUCUUUUUUCUAGUACCUGUGUUUGACACAACCAGUUUAUACUUUCUAUCUUGGUCCGGUCUGGUUUGGUCUGGUAGGUUUGGUAGGUUUUGGUUCGGGUGGUUCGGGUUGGUAUAUUAAAAGGGGUUCUAUUUAUUUUAUUUUUUCUCUUUGGGAUAAAUACUUUUUCCUAUUUCUUUGCACACUGUUCUGAGACUUUGUCGGUACCUUUUUUCUUCUCUCCUCUCUUUGAAUUUUUAUACGGCUUUACUAUAGAGUAGAGCAUUUCUUAGUACUUUGGGUCCCGGGGGGGUAUGCAUGGUGCUUUUAUUAUAGGAUGGCGUAUUUUAUUUCCUUUGCAAGGGGCAAUUAGGUCGCAGACUGGAACUGCUCGAUACGACAGUUACACGAAAGCGCGCCUCGAGUGCCGAAGUUGGAUGAUGUGAAACAGAAGAAAAGAUUCAUUGCCAAUCAGUCGCGAU